UUCCCGCUGCCAGCAUGGGGCUAUUUUCAAGCAUUAUCAAAAAAUCAUCUUCAUUUCUUCCUGGCUGAUCUUGCUGAAGGUAAUUCCCCGCGUGUGAUGGAUUUGAAGAGCCAGCCGUCCCCCUUAGCUUGCACAUUUUUUUCUAUUUCUUACAAAACUGCGGGAAACCCAUCUGAGAUUCAUCACCCUCUCCCUUGUAUGGUUCCCAAACUCCUGUUUGGCUCUUGGAAGAAAAAUUGCAGCUAUGUAUAACAGCUUUACUAGUAAAUCAUUAAAAGAACACAUUUGCCCUCCUCUGAUGGAAAUGCUAGUUUAUUUUAAUUGCUGCAAAUCCCCAUUUCUUGUGGAUUUAAAGAAACCGGAGGUAAAGGUCCCGCACACGGUGAACUUCUACAUCAAGCCUGAACCUGGGGUGGUCCUAGGAGUCUGGCACAUGGUCCCCAGCUGCCGGGCAGAAGAAGCCAAAGGGAAGGACCGUUGCUGGUAUGAGGCGGCCCUUCAGGACGGAAACCCAAUUAUUGUGUAUCUUCAUGGCACUACAGGACACAGGGGCACUUGUCGCAGGUGUGAGCGGAUAAAGGUGCUGAGUGACGGUGGCUUUCAUGUCCUGUCUGUUGAUUACAGAGGGUACGGGGACUCUACGGGGACACCCACUGAGCAGGGGCUGGCGGCGGAUGCUAUUUGUGUCUAUGAGUGGACCAAAGCAAGAAGCGGCCGCACCCCUGUGUGUCUGUGGGGCCACUCUCUGGGCACAGGAGUCGCCACAGAUGCUGCCAGAAUCCUGGAAGAGAGAGGAUGUCCAGUUGAUGCCAUUAUGUUGGAAGGUGCAUUUUCCAACAUCUGGGUUGCGAGUAUCAACUAUCCCUUGUUACGGAUUUGCCGGAAGUUUCCAAGAUGUGUACGUACGCUUAUAGAUUCCCUAAAAGAAGACAGAAUGGUCUUCGCUAAUGAUGAAAAUGUUAAAUUCCUGUCUUCGCCCCUCCUCAUUGUACACGGAGAGGAUGACAGAACAGUGCCUGUGGAAGAUGCAAAAAAGCUCUAUGAAAUUGCAUAUGCUGCCUACAGGCAUAAAGAGAGGGUCAAGAUGGUUAUCUUUCCUCCUGGCUUUCAACACAACUAUCUUUAUGAAAGCCCCAUGUUUGUACCAGUCUUGAGAGAUUUCCUGAGCAAGCAGUGGGCAUGAGGUCUGAGAGCAGCAGCAAAAGUCUUCAGAUGAAGAUCUGUGAGGUACUUUCUUGAUGCAACACUGAACAAGGCUGCUUAGAGGAGCAAAAGGCCUGCAUGCUUCUUCCACAAGCCACGGGUCAUUUUAAGAAGGAAUGCGUGGAUGCUGGGUGGUGUGGAAUGUGGAGAAUCAGAACUUGGUAAAUUUUGGAUACUAUCUAAAAUAUAUGGUCAACAAACAUUCUGGGAAUGAGUUGGUUGCUAUGGCUUCGUGUCUGUGUCUGCCCCCAAAUUCCUAUGCUGAGACUACUCACCAAUGUGAUAGUUUUGGGGGGGGGGGUCCCGAGGGCUGGACUCUCAUGAACAGGAUUAGUGAAAUAAGCCCAGAGUACCUCUCCCCUGGGGAGGACACAGUGAGAAGGCCCCAUCCGUUAACCAGCCCUGUUUCUCACUGGUCACUGAAUCUGCCAGGUCCCUGAUCUUGGACUUUUUAUCUCCAGAACUGUGGGAAAUAAAAUUUUUUUUUGUUUAUAAGUU